UAUGUACUGACUUGGUGAACUCGACUCGGAAUACAAAACGCAAUGUGAAGGGAUGAUGACGGCAACUGAAGGACACAACGAUGUAACCUCGUAACAUGACUCCCAGCAGCUUUGCUCUCUACAUCACCAGCCUUUUGUGGCUUGACCUAACACACGCUAAAAUAAGUUACUUUUGGCACAUCACCGAUCUUCAUUAUGACCCGUUCCACAACUCCCAAGAGCUACAUAGAGGCUGUAAACACAUCCGCGGCAGCAACGAGUCACCGCACAGCCACCGCAAUGGCCGCCACCGCGACCACACCUGCGACAGUUCGUGGCCACUUAUACAAAGCGCCGCCGCAUUCAUGGCCGAGCGUCACCCCGACACGCUGGAGUUCGUGCUUUGGACUGGGGACAUCCUUUCGUCAUCAAUGGAGCAUCUAAGCGAAGAGAUAAAACUAGAGGCUGUAAGGAACGUCACAGACAUCCUCAGCAGAACAUUCAGCAGUCAAUUCGUAUUCCCAGCCCUGGGACACAACGACCCACCGCCGUCUAAAAAACUUGUUGUUAUGUGGAGUCAAUGGCUACCCACAGAAGCGCUACUGUCAUUUGAGACUGGUGGUUAUUACACAAUCGAGCAGUCUCACAGCAAGCUGCGUAUCGUAGUACUGAACAGCGUACUUUGGGCGGGCGGCGCUGCCAAGAACGACGGGCCGCACCAAGGACGUGCGCAAUGGGAAUGGCUACAGCAAGUAUUGACCAAGGCUAGGAGUCAAAAGGAGAUGGUCUACCUAGUAGCCCAUGCAGGUCCAGGUGUGGAAGAAAGACAUAACGCUGGAAGCUCCACAGCAUCUGGAGGUGGAGAGCUGACCCCUACAGCCAACGCCAGACUGUUGCACUACAUACGAGCGUUCAGUGAUGUAAUUGCUGGACAGUUCUAUGGGCACAGACAUGCGGACACGUUUAGACUUGUUUACAGUGAAGGUCGCCCAGUAUCGUGGGCUCUAUUAGCACCUUCGCUAACGCCACGCGGUGCUGGCAGCAUAUCAAAUCCAGGACUGAGGCUUUAUAAAUUUGAAUCUAAUACUGGAAAGGUAUUGGAUUACACCCAGUAUUAUUUAGAUGUAACAAAUACGAGGGGCGAUGCACACUGGGUGGUCGAGUAUAAUCUCACCCAGUACUACGGCUUGAGAGAAGUCAGUGCAAGCUCCUUGGAUACUCUAGCUGAGAAGAUAAGGAAUUACCAUGACAAAGGAUUACUUACCAAAUACCUAACAGCGUUGAGCGUGCGCCACACAACUGACGUAUCGGACUGUGACGCAAGUUGUGUUCAUGUCCACUUUUGUGCGAUAACGAGGGCGGACUUUCACGAAUUUCGCACUUGUGUACGAAACCCUGCGUCCGCAUUAGCGUCGCGCGCGCCGCACAACUCCGCUGCCAUCUUGUUGUACGCCAUUUUGAUAUUGAUUUCAUCGUAA